AUGGCAUCCGAGAAGCUCAUCCUCUUCUUCCUCCUCUUCCUCGCCUCAUGGGCUUCCACCACCCUGUCUCAGGAUGACCAAGGAGUGAAGCCAUGCAUAACGAAGCUGAUGCCGUGCGUCGAUUUCCUGCACUCCGGCAAGCGUCCAUCGUCGGUGUGCUGCAUGGCGCUGAAGAAUGAGCUGGAGAACGACGUUGGAUGCCUCUGCGAGUUACUCGGCGACGACAAGGCCCUCAAGGCCUUCAACGUUAUGCUGGCCGAGGUGAUCCAGUUUCCGACGCGCUGCGGUCUCCAUCCGGCGGAUGUCGGCAAGUGCAAAAAGUCCGGUGAUGUACCAAUGCCGCCAGUUAUUCCAAGGGACCCAUCAACGCCUCCAAAAUCCCCUACAAAAGGGUGA